AAGUCUCUACUCUCCGGCAGAGUUGCCCGUUUAGACUUGUAUUUUCGAAACGAAACCAAGCAGAGAGUGGGGAAAUUACGGCAGGCAAUCCAGUCUGACCUGAAACAAAGGGUCAGAUAGAUCAGAAUGAGUUCCUAGUGGAUCCUGGCCGAUCCUGUAAAUAAUCGUCUUACCGUUCCAAUAUGACUGCGACAGGAGAGCUGCACGUGGAGUUGUUGUCAAAAGAGUUACAGGGUAUAUUGGAAAAAUAUCCAACGUUUACGCUACAAAAGGGACGUGAAAAGAUUCGAUGUGAGCUGAGCGGUCAUGAGAUGCCAUGUACCUAUGAGACUGUCAGCAGCUACAUCAGUGGUAAAAAGUUUCAGAGGCUGAUAGCUCAACAAAACUAUGACUAUGAAAAGUACAAACAACACAUAAUCCCUAGUACAAAGAGGGGCAGGAAACAUCAGUUGUUUUGUUUGCUGACUUUAAGACAUCUGAACAAUUUACCAAACCACAUCAAGAGCCAUGUAGAGGGUAGACGGUUCCUCAAAGCAUUCAGACGAUGGGAGGAAUGCCAGAGGACAGGUGAGGUGUUCAAGCCUCUGACAGGCAAGAGAAAACUGGAGGAGGACUCCAUUUCUCAUCCAGACGAGGCUGAUUCAGAUGAUGAGGAGAGUGAAACAGACAGUCUUAGUGACCUGUACCCAGCUGCAGAUUUCAAGGAUGAUGAUGAUGAUGAUGAUGAUGAUGAUAAUGGUGAUGAAGAGGACAUGGACGAUUCUGGCCAGGACGUAGAUAACAAUCAUAUGAAGAAGAAUGGCAGAGUCUCCAAUGACCCCCAGUCUGAUUCUGAUUUUGAAUUUGAAAGUUUAGAGGAAGGACCUGGAGUUACAUCAGAGAAAUUGGAUGUCUCAGUGAAGACAGAAUCAAACAAAAGGAAAUUAAAAAAGGAAAAAACUCCAAAGAAACAGAUAAAAAAAAAGAAAUGAUGGUGAAAACAACAGAAGAAAUACAAAAUAGCUUGUAUCAUUACAAUUUUAUCAUCAGAUGUCAGUGUUUUAUCCCUUCACGUCAGAGGAUAUGAGGACAAGUGUUGUGGAGCUGCUCACGCUUGGUUGGGGAACAAUAACACUAAAUAUAUACUGACAGAGUGGGAGUGGAAACAUUUCCUGAUGACAUGUUGAAGUUGUUAUCUUCACCCUCUGAAAAGUUUAAUUCCAACAAGGAAGACACAACAGUAUAAAAGUUUAAUUAAGUGAUCUAAUGGCUGGAGCCAAAAUGGGUCAAAUUAUAUUGUUCAAUUUAGCCUUGAUUGGAAUAUAAGAUUGAAAUUAUAUUAUAAGAUCCAUUCAUUCUGAACACAAAUAAAUACUUCAUAGAUGAAAGGGUUUGAAGGUUGUUUAUUAAAGUUUCAAAACAGCA